AUCCUACUAGAAAAAGCUUGUUCCCUAUCCCAGCAUUCAGUAAGGAGGCUUUAAGAGAGAAAAUGCUACUGUUAAGACUAGCAUCAGUUAACCAAGGACUUGUUGAAAAACUGAUUUAAAAGGAUGUGACAUAUUUACUUGGCUAUCUUGGUACGCAUAGAUAUAAAUCUUCGUGCUGCAAAUUAAGAAUGCAACAACCAAGCUCUGAUUAUUCUCCAGACCUGGUCAAAGAAACCUGCGCCAGAGUGGAACUUCGAGAUAGGGAAGAUGAUCUCCGUACGGAAAAUGCUGCUUUGUCUGGAAGCAGCAGCCCAGAAGUUGUCUUCAGUUCCUAUGAAAUGCAGACAGUACCAGUCUGUAUGGCCACCACCUUGCCUCCAGGCGACUACAUUCUCAGACGAGGUUACACAGGGUCUUCACUUCUGAGGCUUCCUACAGAGAAGUGCAUUGGGAUCCACCAUGAGCCUUUCCAGUUCGACCGCCAUGCUCAGGCCAGAAUUUCCACGUCUCCUACUUUAAGGCGUCUAAGGAUGGCCUCUGCCUCACAAGCACUGACACUUCAGGACUGUUCUGACACAGCUCAGCUGGGGAAUCAAAAGGAAUACACUGGCUCUCUCCACCACAUUUGUAAGAGUCCACCUCGGUGCAUUACCAUUUCCUCCUUGUCACUGCCCUCUUGUGUCCAUGCAAAAUUGUUGUCAUCCAAAGCCAAGUCUGAGACAACUACAGCAGCUCCAGAGUCUGAUGUACCCAGAUCAAAGCUUCCAAGCCAAGAGGAUCCUCUCAGCAAUGGCAGUUCCAAGGAGCCACCCAGAAACUCUUGGAGAGCCAACUCCGCUACGCUUCCUAAGAGACUCCCCUGCCCAAGCCCUACACUUUGGGUGGGUGUCCAGGAGAGCGGACUGCCCAUGCAAAGAGCUGUAAAGUGUCACGACACCACAGAAUCACAGAGUAGAUCAGCCGAGCGCAGGCGUAGCUCCCUGGUAGUGAGUCUGCCGGGACUCGAGGUGUUCCCUGGAGACCUCCUGGUGUCAGACAGUGCCAUGGACUACCUGCCCUACUCAUCCUUCCUGCUCAGUGCAGAGUCCAAAAAGUCAAGGUGGCCAUUUGCCAAAAGAGGAGCUCAGGGUAAAGACAAACAGAAGCAAGCAUCUGAUCUGGAAAAUUGUCUUUCAACUGUUAAGAUCAUAGACUGCUGCACAUAUGAAUUUUUCUGCUUUAAGAGUAAAUCUUGGCACGAAUUUAUAAAUGAGCAACAGACUGAGCAGAAAGAUGUCAACAGCCGGCUAGAAGUGAAAAAAGAAGCAGCAGUGUGGGAACUUUUCACAAGUGAAUGCACUUACUUUCUGGAUCAUUUGUUGGUUCUCAAGAUGAUAUUUAUGAACACUCUAAAAUACCUCCAGAGUAAUGAAUUUCUCUUGGAUGUGGAUUUGUGGAGACUUUUCGCGAACUUAGAGGAGUUAAACAAGAUAAGUCUCAGUUUACUGAAAACUUUUUUUGAAGCUGCGAAGAAGCAUGUCAGCAAGUCAGACUCUCCUAUGGAUUUCAGCUCCAUACUCAGAACGUUUUUUCAGGGUGACCUCUGCCAGACACACCAGAUUUAUUGCCUUAAUUAUACCUCUGCUGUCUUCUACUUGGAAAAACUGAGACAGAGAGAAGAUUUUAGCAUCUACCUGAAAUGGUGUGAACAAAAUGAACAGUGCAAGAGGUUGCAUCUGCCAGAGCUGCUAGUUGCUCCUCUGCAUCGAUUGACACGGUAUCCCCUCCUCCUCAACAACAUCUGGAAGAGGAGCACUGAUGAAACAGAGAAAAGUUUUAUCCAGUCACUUAAAGAGAAGGUGGAAAAGUCCAUAAGGGAUCUGGAAGGUAAAGUGAAAUGGUUGGACAACUUUCAGAAGUUCAGGCAGCUGCAAGAGGUCAUAAUUUGGCCUCAGAUCUGGGAUCGUGACAAAAGGUUCUUUGUCCCAGAGUGUUUGAAGCAAAACUUAAGAGAAAACAGCAGUGAAAACAUUUUGUCUUCAGUGAACAGACUUCUCCUUCAUGAAGGGCGGCUGAUGCUAGCAGAAAGCACAAGACUCCUUGACGUCUACCUCUUCUUAUUCGAUGAUUUCCUACUAAUUACCAAAAUUAAACGUAACAAAAAGAAAUAUGGAGGCUCAGACACCAGCUUAAUCCCUGUCUGUCCUUCCCUCACUCCUGAGCUGCAGUCCUUCAUAAGAGAGGGGGGACUUUGCACAGUCCUAGACCAGCCCAUCCCACUAGACAGACUCAUACUGAAAAACGUUGAACCCAUCCACAUUACAGUCUUCAGCCUGCGAAAUGCUUUUCUAAUACAGCAUGAGAACAGGUAUCGGCAGUGCAUAGCAGUCUUCUUGCUACAAGCUCAGACAGAAACUGCCAAGAAAGCAUGGAUGUCACAGAUAGAAACAGCAAUCUCCAAUUACCCUACCCAACAUGAAACCAAGAAAAGCACUGCUUUCUGCUUCCCUGUUAAAUCCUCUGAAAUUUAACAAUGUCAGCACAGCACUGACAGAGCCAGUGGAAGACUACAGUGGUGAUAAUAUAGUUAUGUCUUUCAGAACGCCUUAGGUCUCUGAAGCUAACAGAUCUCUGACUUGACUAGACAAAAGUAAAGAGCUUGGACCUCAGCAAGUAGGAAUAAAUUGGAAGAGGGGAAUGAGCCAUGCAACAAACAUAUUGCUCCUAGAUGCUCCUUUGCUUCACCUAGGGAAGGCUCUUGCCACUCAGGGAAGCUUUACUAGAGUUUGCCAUUUCCUAGAAAGCAUGACAGGGGAAAAACCUCUAUGUUGGUAAGGACAACUCAUUCCCCGGAGACGUUUAGAAGGGUUGCUCCAUCAUUCAAACUGUAUUAAUAAAUUUCAUUAAAUUAUGUAGCCAUAGCUCCUGAUAAUUAUGUGUCUCUACCUACUAACCUAUAAUACCACAAGGUGUUUUUUGCAGUAAUACUGAGAAUGUGUACAUACGUGUAUAUAUGUAUGCACUUACCUGGUCCAGUGCUCUCCAGAUACAGCCUAGGCCACUGUGAUACACAAAUUCCUGCUCUUCCCCUGUGCCUGUUAUGGGCAAGUUUUUGUCACAACUUCCUGGGAAAGGCACAGCCAUCAGGCUCUGUGCCAAGUGGUGAAUGCAUGAAGCAGGAGGGCAGAACAGUGCAGGCAGCAGAUCUGCACCAGGACACCGCACAAGCUGCCAACACCUUGCCACAACUUGGCUGACACAGCUUUGCUCCACCUCCCCAAUCCCGUGCUCAGCUGCACACUGCGUCACACCGAGGGCUCACCAGAACCUCAAAGCAUCUUGAAACCAGUGCUGACAUGACAGAAAGGUAUUUCAAGCCCAGAGGAGUCACACCUGACAGACUAAGGUCUGUGCUUUGUGUGCUGGCAGAAGGGAGAAGGUAUUUCACUUUGUAUACUUUUUACCAAAACAACCUUAAGCCAGGUCUACACACUUUACCAGACAAGUAGUCAUUCCUGGAGAGCAGCAUGUCUCCAAGGAGAACAGCCCAGAGGAAGAAAGUAUUUACACACAGGCUUGUCUUCAUGGAGAGACAAGCUCAAUAGGCUUUUCUGUGGUGUCAAGAGAAAGACACCUCAGGAAGCAGUCAAGGCAGAAACUGACUUUCCAAUUCAAACUGCCUUUCAGAGGACACCUCUCCAUCUUUCUCCAUAUCCACACAGAGGCCCUGCCUCAAUAGUCAAACAUGGGUUUUUGUUCAUGCCCCCACAAUUCAAUAGUGGCUUUGUCACACAACUGAUCUCCCACAUUAAUCAUCUGGCUUCUCUCUGCAACACAGUUCCACCCUGAAAGAGCUUUCCAUUUCACAAGUGAGACCUUCAUUGGUCUAAAAACUAAAACAAGUGCUAGUUUUGAGUCUUCUAUUUAUGCCAAUUGUCCAACUGCAUCGAAUGUGAUGUCUGAACACAGCCAGUGACAGAAGGACUUUCAUCAAAUGUGGGAUACUCAGCAGCCUCGCACAGCUAUUGGGAAUGGAAAGACUACUCUGAAUUUAACCUGUGAAAAAAACAGAUUUGAAAAACAGUCAUUAUUAAUGUGUCCUCAGGAAUGUGAAAGCCUUUGCUGCAACACCCCACAACUCUAAGAAACUGGAACAUUUAGCUUGUUCUUACAUGUGUAAGAACAGGCUUCCCUACAGUUCAUUUGUAAAACUACAUAUCCACCAUUUCAAAGUAGCUUUGCUGUCUGAAACAGGGCAAGGUAGUUUUGAAUGAUAUAACCUGGUCUAUUAGAAAGGUCUAAUUUUUUUAUUAUUAUUAUUAAUCAUUCCUUUAACAGAUUAGAAAACAAAAAUGACAUUUCAGCAACAAUUCAUCAUAGUUUACACAGAACACGUUGAUGCAUGGUGUCACCUUCUCAUUCAAAUCCACAGCCACCUUCCAGAUCACAAAGUUAAAGAAUUACAGUGCACAUUGGAUUAAAUUCUUCCACAAUGUAAGGCACAACUACAUGAUCACAACUAGUAAACACAAACACUGAAAGCAGAACUUAAGAGAAUAAAACUUCAAUUAUAAA